GUAACAUGUUUUCAGAUCUACAUUUAUAUGAAUUAACUUUAAAUAUACUAAUCAUUUUAUUUCUCACAUACAUCUCUCUCGGUACUGAUAUCACUACUGUGAACAAAAAUAUUAUUUUUUCAUAUAUUUUUUGUUUGCUUUUUCAGUUUUUAUCCUCACCUAAAAAAGGAAACUUUUCCUCAAAAAAAUCAAGCUUUAAAUCUCUCAUUUUACUACCCAAAAACAGAGAGGACGAAACCUUUCCCAUGAGAUGAGAACGCAUUUGCUAAAACUGAUACUUACAGUAUCUCUACCAACUACAUUCUUGAUCGGAAUCUCCAUCCUCGUAAUCUUCAUCUUAUGUAAAAGAAGAAGAACAGAGUCCAACGAACACCAAAACGACGUCGAAUCUCCUUACGAGAAAAAAGACUUCUCCGGGUCAGAAACAGAGGAGGAUGAGGAGGAGGAGCUUGUCAUCUUCGAAGGAGGAGAAGAUCUCACGAUCUGCGACGUACUCGAAGCUCCGGGAGAAGUCGUCGGCAAAUCAAGCUACGGAACAUUAUACAAAGCAAGUCUGCAGCGAAGUGGGAAAGUCAGAGUGCUUAGGUUCCUUCGACCUCUCUGUGCAGUGAGAUCAGAUCCGGAGGAGUUUGAUGGCGUCGUCGAGUGUCUUGGAUUUGUCAGACAUGAUAACUUGGUUCCUCUGUUGGGUUUCUACGUUGGAAACAGAGGAGAGAAGCUUAUGAUUCAUCCCUUCUUUGACUCCGGGAAUCUCUCCGAGUUCAUCAGAUUUUUGGCAGGUGGAGAUGUUGAAUCACACAAAUGGAGCAAUAUUUUGAGCAUCACCACCGGAAUAGCGAAAGCUCUUGACCAUCUCCACACAGGAACGCAGAAACCUAUCGUUCACGGGAACCUCAAGUCCAAGAAUGUUCUCUUGGACCAGAGUUUUAGGCCUAGAGUCUCUGAUUUCGGCUUGCAUUUGCUCUUGAAUCUUGCGGCUGGGCAAGAGGUGCUAGAGGCUUCAGCUCUUGAGGGGUAUAAAGCGCCUGAGUUGAUUAAGAUGAAGGAAGUGAGCAAGGAGAGCGAUGUCUACAGUUUCGGUGUGAUCAUGCUCGAGUUGGUUUCGAGUAAACUGCCAACAAACAAGAGUUCAACUAGUUCUGUUCCUCUUGACAAUGAGAAAUUGUUGGGUUUGUGCCGUUCUGAGAUUCUUGGGAGAUGUGGUGAGGAAGAUGUGACCAAAGAAUAUGUUGUCGAAUACAUUGAGCUGGCAAUGUCUUGUUGCUCUCCAUCGCCUUCUCUUAGACCGAGCUUCAAGCAAGUGUUGAGGAAACUUGAAGAGAUCAAGAAAUGAUGCCCUAGCAAGCUGACUAAUCUGCAGCAGAACAGACAAAGCCAAGAGAAAGUUCGAAUCUUUCAAGCAUUCAGAUACUUUCAAGAUAGAUAACAGCGUAGAGCAGAUAAAUCAGGGGAGAGAGCCUUCUUGAACAAAAUUUCACACAUGGAUGAUACAAUACAAUACAUAUCACAUGUUCUAGAUUGUUGAUACUUACAGAGAAGAUAGGAUCGAAAUUUUGAUUAGUCAGGACUUCCAGAAUAGUGGAUGGAGAAAGGAAGAUAUUUUCAGACGCCAACAAGGGAUUCAAAGAACUUCAGAAGGCCCUUGAGUAACCCUAGAACAUCAGUUUCUUGAAUGUAAUGUCCUUGAAGUUGUUUCUCAUAGCAUUGUGCGCUGAAACAUCAUGAAAUUAAUCUUGUAGUGUACGUUUAAGCACAUAUUCACA